UUACCAUCUUUGGCCGAGGAAAAGAAUCCAUAACAAUGGAUUUAGUAAAGAGAAUUUGGAAUACAUUAAGAAAGCAUUACAGAAAAUAAAAGAAAGGAUUUUUAAUAAGUUGAGAGAGAGAGAGAGAGAGAGAGAGAGAGAGAGAGAGAGAGGAGAGAGAGACAAUCGUGAUAAGAGGAAGAAGAACCCCUGCAAAGAGAGAGAGAGAGAGAAGGAAUAGAACAUCCUCUGUUUCCAUGGUGGUCCUUGUUCAUUUCUCCAGAUCUUAGGUUCUCCGCAUUUUCUCAUCUGGGUCAUCUCCAAAAUGGUGAAUUUUCUCUCCCAAGUUUGAACUUUUUUCUGCUGUUCUCUUCUCGCUCUGAUUUGAAGAUCACCCAACUCCUAUUUGAUCGGAACAAGGAUCGGAUUCUGUCCAGUUUUUCAGACAAAAGAGAAAAAGAUGGAAUCGGAUCUGGGUAAGCUCUUCAUCGGUGGGAUUUCAUGGGACACGGAUGAAGAACGGCUACGAGAGUAUUUCAGCAAGUACGGAGAAGUGGUCGAAGCCGUGAUCAUGAGGGAUCGAGCCACGGGACGUGCCCGUGGCUUCGGAUUCAUCGUCUUCGCAGAUUUUUCUGUCGCGGAGAGAGUGAUCAUGGAGAAGCACAUGAUCGAUGGCCGCACGGUUGAAGCUAAGAAGGCUGUUCCAAGGGACGAUCAGCAAGCGCUGAAACGACAUUCCAGUCCCAUUCACCAUAUGUCACCUGGACAUGGCGGCGGAAAGACGAAGAAGAUCUUUGUCGGAGGUUUACCAUCUAACAUCACAGAGGCCGAGUUCAAGAACUACUUUGAUCAGUUUGGUACUAUCUCUGAUGUCGUGGUAAUGUACGAUCACAAUACUCAGAGGCCAAGAGGCUUCGGUUUCAUCACUUACGAUUCUGAGGAAGCUGUUGAUAGAGUUCUCCACAAAACCUUUCACGAACUCAACGGGAAAAUGGUCGAGGUCAAAAGGGCAGUGCCGAAAGAGCUUUCCCUCACUCCUAACCGAAGCCCUGUUCUUGGAUUCGGUAACUAUGGAGGUUCAAUUAGACCUUCUGCUAAUAGCCAUUUCAAUAGUCUUGCUCCUGGUUAUAAUGUAAACUCAGUUGGUCGGUUUAGUCCUAUUGGUAGCGGUAGAACUGCGUUUUCAGGUCUUGGGCUCAGUGUGAAUCCUGAACUGAGCUUGAAUCCAAGCUAUGAUGGAACAACUUCCACAUUCUUGAAUGCUCCCGGGUAUGGCAGGAUUCUGAGCAACCCUUACUACAAUGGUUCAGCAUUGCCAAACCGUUACAGCACUCCGAUCGGGUUUAACCGACCCGACCCUCCUUCAUAUAACUUGAGCAAUAGAGACUUCUGGGCAAACAGGACUGACUCUGCUGGCUCCGGUUGGAAUCUUGGUGUCUCAGUUGGAAAUACCCGAGGAGGAAGUUGGGGACUUUCUUCUGUUGCCAGUGAUAACGAUGGCUACGCAAGAAAUUUUGGGACAAGCUUUGGACCUUCCAUGUCUCCCUUCUCGGGAACAAACGGGUUUGAGGGUUCUGUAGGAGAAUUAUACAGAGGCAGCUCGGGUUACAGCGACUCAACAUGGCAGCAACCACUGCCUCCGCAGUCAUUUAAUGAGUUAGAAAGGGGAUCUUCUCGUCCCUUCGGCUACAGCAUUGGCAAUGUAAGCCCAGACCCACCUGCCAAUGGCUCAGAGAGUUACACCGGAAGUUACAGCGUCGGAAAUAGGCAAACAAAUAGAGGGAUCGCCACAUAGGUGAUCACACAAAAAACUGAUGAUCAAAAGGCGAUGAGGAAUUGUAGAUGAACAGCCAUUGCCAUUGCAGAGUUUGAUGAGUUUUUCAUACGUUUCUGGAGUCUGAUAACUAUCAACUAGGCUUCUUCUUCUUCUUCUUCAUCAUCAUCAUCAUCUUGAAGAUGGAAAAGGAACAAACUUUCACUGUAAGUUCUGCGGAAAUUCGAGUUUUUUUUUUAUAGAUUUUUGUGUCUUGGAGAUACAUUAAGAUCAGAUCUUGGCGACAACACUCAGCGGCUCCAUAUCAAAUAACCAGAUGGUAGAUUCUCGAUUCAUAUUCCUUAGGAUCUUUCUCUCUUAAUCGAUGGAAAUCACUACCCAGAUUGAGAUUCAUGAUGUUUUUUGUGUGUGUGUGUGUGCUAUGUUCUGUUUUUUUUUUUUUUUGUUGUAAUAUUAUCUUUCUGAUAACGGAGCUGUUCAUGAGAGAAACACUGUGUGGUGGUGGCGGUGGGGGGAUAUGCAUGUUUUGCUGCAUGUCCCUCUCGUGCUUGAGAGAUGUUUUUACUUCAUUAAAUUUCUUUUGUCAAUUAAUCUCGUGAAAACAAAAAAAAAACUUGUUUCGUUU